UACAACAGACAAAAAAAGGGGUGGGCUGGGGCACAUGUUUCUGGGUGACAGAGAGCCCCCAACCAGUCUCUAAACAACAAGGUGUGUGUGUGUGGGGGGGGGGUAGCUCUUUCUUCUCUUAGGACAGGCACUCAACCAAGGCCGAUGGGGAAGAGGUGGUCAGCUGAUCCUGUUCCCAGGAAAAUCCCCGUAUUGCCCUUGGCUCCUCCUCUGGCCGGGUCCCUCCAGCUGCCUAUGGGGCACGGUCCUGCCCAGCUCUGCUAAGAUGCCCCUGGCUUCUCCCUCCACUCAGUCUAGAGGGCGGACCCCCAGCGCCGUGGAGAGGCUGGAGGCCGACAAGGCCAAGUAUGUCAAGACACAUCAGGUGAUAGUCCGACGCCAAGAGCCAGCCCUCCGUGGGGGCCCCGGGCCGCUCACCCCGCACCCCUGCAACGAACUCGGGCUCCCUGUGUCCCCCAGGACCCCCGGGCCGGCCCGCCGGGGCAGCGGCCGGAGGCAGCCAAGGCCCGAUUCGCUCAUCUUCUACCGCCAGAAGCGAGACUGCAAGGCUUCGGUGAACAAAGAGAACGCCAAGGGCCAGGGGCUGGUGCGGCGCCUCUUCCUGGGCGCCUCCCGGGACGCUGCCCCCAGCAGCCCGGGGCCCGCCGAGCGAUCGGCCGCUCCCGGGGCUUGGGCGGCUUCCCCCGACGCCCCCGAGGCGGCCCGGAAGCGGGCGCUGUGCCCCUCGUGCUCGCUGCCGCUCUCGGAGAAGGAGCGCUUCUUCAACUACUGCGGCCUGGAGCGCGCGCUGGUGGAGGUGCUGGGCGCCGAGCGCUUCUCCCCGCAGAGCUGGGGCGCCGCGCCCGCGCCGCCGCCGCCCGCCUCCGGGGACACCAGCGACUGGACGUCCAGCGACGGGGACGCGGCGGGCGCCCGGGACUGUGCGGGCGGCGGCGGCUCGGAGGCGGCGGGCUCGGCGCGGGACGGGCGGCCCGCCGUGUCGGUGGUGGAGCGCAACGCGCGCGUCAUCCAGUGGCUGUACGGCUGCCAGCGCGCGCGGGCCCCGCCCCGGGAGUCCGAGGUGUGACUGUCGCUGCUCGGGAGGCGACUCCUGGGGACUCCCGGUGAGCUCCGGAGCGCGGGCUGGACCCGGGCACCGGCAGGGAGGAGUCCCCCGCCUGCCUCGGACGGCGCGCGGGCGCCUUUGGCAAACCCUCCCCUGGGUCUUUCUGAGCCCUGGCAAGGUGGAACAAAAUGAAGCAGGCAACAAAGGGGGACGGACGACCUCAUGACCCCUGUGGA